AAAUAGUUUUGGUUGCAAUUGUACAUAUACGUGCUCUAUAUCAUUUAAUUAAGUUCCCGAUUUUAAUACGAAUUCUGAUUAGGAUCGUAGUUUCGAUUUCGACUUUAAUGAUGAUCGUGAUCGUGGAUUCAAUUUGGUUUUGAUAAAUAUUGGAUCAAAUAAAAAAUAGAGUGAACUACUAUUUCAAACUUGCUCUAAGAUUUUAAGUGAAUUCUAAAUAAUGAAUCAAAUAGAGAAAAAUUGUUUCUACAUCCAAGUACACUAACAAAAUGAUUAUUUUGAAUAUCGUGCAAUUAGAUAACACAACAUAAUUAAUAGCUGGCAGUGUGCACCAUCCAAUGUGGGCCCAACACUGGCAUCAUUACCAUAUACACACAUACGCUCGUUCCAUGGUUCGUUCAAACUGUUCAAAGUGCUUCUACAACUACAGUUUGUGCGUAUUGUUCAUAACCUUUAUAACCUCUGUUCCGUACACCCAGACUGGUUAUGAUUUCUUCCUACGUUUCCGUACGAUUGACCGGAAUAAAAUAAAGGCCUCAUAGAGAAAUAUGACUGGCAAGAAGAAAAUAGUGUAACGCGAAUUUGAACACAACAUUUAAUUCUGUUGUAUAAAAGAUUGUUACAAUAUUCUCAUCAACAUGUAUACCGGAUUGCAAAAGUCUUUCCCGAGUUGUCCUACAAGGAUUUUUAAAGUCGUCACACGAAAAUUGUCAAGUACGACAGUGUCGAACGAGACGGAAGACGUGGUUUACCCUCCGAUAUUGGAUUUAUCCCGCGCAGCUAGGGUCAGAAGAAAUAAAGAGGAGUGGCAUGAGAAAAUUAAGAGACUGUACAGCGUGGAGGAGAAAUUGUUUGGCAUCAACAUGCCACGUUAUUAUGGCUGGAAGUCCAUGAUCGUGGAAGAGGGACGUGUUCGAUAUAAUUCCUUGGAUCAUGCUCAAUACAUUACUCGUACUCAUGUUAUGAAUGAACAUAAACUCCCUGCAGUUUAUGAUACACUGUCGAAUGAGCAAUUAGAUUCUGUCGUGGAGAACGUCAAGCAUCAUAUAGAGAAGAUUGUCAGUUUUGAAUACAGUCAUAGAUUAAGGGAACACGAAAUAACAGAGAAAGUGGAUGAAAUCAGGAAACAAAUGCUACAAAAGGCUAUCACGAAAUCACUGAUCAAUCAGAUCAACAGGAUAAUGCUGGCCGCCACAUCUCCAAUAAUGCCACAUUUAUUAGAAGCUCAAGUAGAUUUUGAUCCAAGAGUAGAGGCCUUCUGGUUCGCCGGUGGCGUGGAACCUUCGGCUAUGGUUAGGAAAGCAAAGGCAGGCUCGAAAUACGCCAAGAAUCGCGCAGACGAGCUAUUGGAUCAACCGGUUCAUUAUUUCGGGACUCCGUUACUGCAACUGAGGCACCAAUUACCCUUGAGGGAGAUCGUCCCUUUGACGGAGUGUACCAAUCCGGAAUUUACAAUCCCGGAAUUUAAAUUUUACCCCGCGGUAAUAGGUUACACGUUCGCCUAUAAGCACGCGACUUCUAUACCCGGGUUCUGGCCUGGUGACACGCACGAGUUUGGUUUACUCUCUUAUCAUGAUUUAAACCAAGUGCUCCGCAGCGAAACUUUCGAGGAAGACGCGAUUACGGUGCAAGCGAUCUUCGCGUCCUACGGUUGGCUCCUGUCGCAGGCGUAUUACCAAGGUUUCUCGACGGUCAACGAUAUAACGUACCCAUUAGUGACGCAAACGAUAUUGACCGACGGCCAGUUAUGGUCUUUCUGCGUUUACCAGUUGAACACCACUGUGUUCUACACGGAAUUCAUGGAUGAAAAUCGUAAACGUAAUUUAUGUUGGAUAACCGAACCGAUGAAGCUGUUCGAAAAAGUAGAAGAUGGAAAGGUUCACGGGUUUAACGAGGAUGUUCUGAAGAAAUUGAUCAAAUUCUACGCUAAUCAGCCCGAGCAGAGGAACGAGAACAUGACGCCGUAUUUAGGCGACAUCGUACAACGGGUUGCCGACAUAAAAAACCCCAGAAGGAGAACCUGGCUGGAAGAACGUUUCAAGUACAUCAUGAGCAACAGACCAAGGCAUUUCCAAAUACCCGAGACACCUAUGUGGCACAAGAUCUACAAGAUCGAUAACAAGACUCGUCCUAUGGAUAAAAGACGCGACCCAUGGGAGUUCGGUUAUCAGCCUUACAAACGGCGAAUGGACGAUCACCAACCAAUUUAUAUACCAAGGUGUCUGAGGGCGAACCCGAAGAAGAGGAAGAUCGGACGCUGGGCGUAUACCUUUUACCCGAGAGCGUAAACUGUUCGAUACAUCUAUUUUAGAUCUAAUUUUUAAGAAUAGUGAAAUACGAAGAUUGUACAUACAUGCAGAAUGAGUAAAUACAAGUACUACGUACAGCGUUGCCUGAUCACGUUUUCGAAACAUA